AUGCUACGAAGCUCUCCACCAGCUGGCAUAAUUGUCGAGCCCUGUAAGUCCAAUCUGCACCGAUGGAAUGCGGUCAUAUUAGGGCCAGAGAAUACACCAUUUGAAGGUGGAACGUUCAAAAUGUCGCUUCAUUUCCCGCUGGACUAUCCGUACAGGCCGCCGAUAAUCAAAUUUGAUACCCGGAUGUUUCAUCCGAACGUGGCCGCUGAUGGCAGAAUUGCUCUGAACGAAUUGCGCAAUCGCUGGAGACCGGGCUUGUCCAUGGCCACUAUUCUUACUUCGAUCCGGCAACUAUUGGAUGGGCCAAAUACAGCUAUUACAGUAAAUGAACAAGCUGCUGAUUUUUACCGCACAAGAAGGCGCGAAUUUAACAUAAUCGCUCGGCAGGCAGUCGAGCAAUCUUGGCGGUCACUUUACGAAGAUGAGAGACAGCAAGCACUAGGCAAUGAAAAUAACAGCGCAAAACGCAGCAGAACUGAGUGA